GUGGUUGAAGGCCCAGAACAGGGUAGUUUGCUUUUCCGUCGUUCCCGAGAACUCUUGAAAUACACCUAAGGAAAGGGAACUAUUUCGCGGUGAUACUGGACGCACAGGCGAAAGGUCUACUGAUACGGCACCGUGAAUCCAAUGCGCGGGCGCGCUCAUCUCUCCGUGCGAGUAGCACCUAACGCUGUUACGGAGACACAGAUCAAGUCAUCUUUUUCUUGAUCACUUCAAUUGGCACAGCAUUAAGUAUCGACGGAGGGCGUCACGACCUCACUCCUCAGCCGUCAGUUGCCACGGACGGGCGCCGAGAUAAUGGAGAACAGGUCAGGUGGGUUUGCCAGAGUGUUCGUUUCUUUUGCAACACACUUCCGUCCCGCAUCACCAUGAAAGGUGGUCAACGCAGUAGAAGGGUCAAGAAAAAAGAGUUGGCUGGUGGCCGUUCAAUGCGACACCAUGGUCAGGGUAUUUUGUGUUGCGGCUGUUUUCGGCCUGUUCGGCGCAACUCGUGUGAGUGGAAGCGUCGACAACGGGGGUCUUGAUGAUCCGAACGCCUCACGCAUGGCUAUCCAAUACUGGCGUGCUUGCCACCGGGGGAGCGGGUCGCUGGUCGAAGACAUUAAUAUUCCUUACGAUAUUGCGGAUCCUCCUGAGCUACCAUUCCCUGGUGCCGAGCUUCAGUUUGCUUUAGUCGCUCAGCGCCACGGUACGCGACGAUCGCAGUAUUUGUGGUCGAAGUCGCCGUACAACAAAGAUACUGUGACUGGUCAGUUGUCGAUUUAAGGCGCUUACAAGCACCAUGUGUCAGGGAUUGAAGUCCGUCGCUACUUUCAGAUGUACAUGCACCACAAUUUCCUUGAGCGCGGGGUGAGUCGAUGCCGCGACAAUGUUCUUCGUGAGGUGUGUGGUUUGCGACCUUGAGCGCGAGUGACAGUCGUUUGGCCUCAAAAGAGAGAACGCUACGCCUUCGGGGUACACACACGGACACACAAACGAUACUCUGCGGCGAGAAUGUUACGGAAAGGUGAAGCGUAAAUGGAUUAGAAGCUUCAAAACUUAGCGAGAAUUCUUGCUAGUGUACUAGGUUCUGUCUCCCGCCACGCUGCUGAGAAAGAAGAAUGCUGGUCACACCUCCCAUCAGGAUUAUCACCCACGACAGAGUGCUCCGCUGCUCUCGAUGUUUCCCAAAACAGUUUCACGGAACAGGUGAGAUCGUAAUUAUUGCAGAGUGAUUGUGUGUCAUCCUUUUGUAUGGCGUUUGACGCGUGCGUCUUUGUGAAGUCAGAAAAACAAAGCAGCAGGUUGCGGGUACUUCGUUGGUUUUCCGCUCUGUGAGUGUGAACACCGAACAGUUUUACGAUGACACUGGGGGGUCGAGUCGUGUUUCUCUGGGUGACUACAGUGGAC